AUCGUGAAUGAUCCAAUGGCGGGCAGCACUAGUGGGGAAGCGAAGCUCGGCCUGGCGUGCCGGAUCUCCGGUCACGUGCCUGAUCACGGAAAUUUUUGGCCGCGCGCGCAGCACUCCUUGUCUCCUUCCACCACCAUUGCCGUCGCAGCGCAGGCCUCUGGGCCGCUCACCUCUUCCUCACCGCGCAUGCCCUCGCUCCUCACCGCCACUCGCGCGCACCGCCCUUGCUCUCGCCCACGCCCACGCCGAUACGCACACUCCACUCCGCCUCCCGCGCUGCCCACGCAGCGGUCGCCUCCACCC